CUCCCUGUCUCAGUACCUGCAUUCCCCUCCCCUCCCUGUAUUGAUUUCCCUGGCCCCUGGCCAUCCCUUCCAUCGCUGUCUCUUCUGGGAUUCAGGCUUCCCUCCCUGCUAUGGAGAGUAACCUGUCUGGCCUGGUGCCUGCUGCUGGCCUGGUGCCUGCGCUGCCACCCGCUGUGACCCUGGGCCUGACUGCAGCCUACACCACCCUGUAUGCCCUCCUCUUCUUCUCCGUCUAUGCCCAGCUCUGGCUGGUGCUCUUGUAUGGCCACAAACGGCUCAGCUAUCAAACCGUGUUCCUGGCACUCUGUCUGCUGUGGGCUGCGCUGCGCACCACCCUCUUCUCCUUCUACUUCCGAGAUACCCCCCGAGCUAACCGUCUGGGGCCUCUGCCCUUCUGGCUUCUCUACUGUUGCCCCGUCUGCCUGCAGUUCUUCACGCUGACGCUUAUGAACCUCUACUUUGCCCAGGUGGUGUUCAAGGCCAAGGCAAAGCGUCGGCCGGAGAUGAGUCGAGGCUUGCUGGCUGUCCGAGGGGCUUUUGUGGGGGCCUCGCUGCUCUUUCUGCUGGUGAACGUGCUGUGUGCUGUGCUCUCCCGUCGGCGCCGGGCGCAGCCCUGGGCCCUCCUCCUGGUGCGCAUCCUGGUGAGCGACUCCCUCUUCGUCAUCUGUGCGCUUUCUCUUGCCGCCUGCCUCUGCCUCGUGGCCCGGCGUGCCCCCUCCACCAGCAUCUACCUGGAGGCCAAGGGGACCAGCGUGUGCCAGGCGGCUGCGAUGGGUGGUACCAUGGUCCUGCUCUAUGCCAGCCGGGCCUGCUACAACCUGGCGGCCCUGGCCUUGGCCCCCCGGAGCCGGCUGGAUGCCUUUGAUUAUGACUGGUACAAUGUUUCUGACCAGGCAGAUCUGGUGAAUGACUUGGGGAACAAAGGCUACCUGGUGUUUGGCCUCAUCCUCUUUGUGUGGGAGCUUCUGCCUACCACCCUGCUGGUGGGCUUCUUUCGGGUGCACCGGCCCCCUCAGGACCUGAGCGCCAGCCGCAUCCUCAGUGGGCACGUGUUCGGCUCCCGAUCCUACUUUUUUGACCGGGCGGGGCACUGUGAAGACGAGAGCUGUUCCUGGGAACACAGCCGGGGUGAGAGUACCAGCAUGUCAGGCAGCCUAGGCUCUGGUAGCUGGUAUGGCGCCAUCGGGCGUGAGCCGAGCUGGUGUGGGGGCAGCCAGACGCGGACCACUCCUCUGCUCUUUUCCCACAUGCCAGGACCAGGCGACCACCACCACAGCCUCUACUCUACCCCGCAGACGUGAUCCCCACUUCCCCCUAGGAUGCCCAAACCCUAGUACCCCUCACCCCGGUCCCUGUGCCAAUCUGCCGCUUCUUGCCCAGGAUCCUGGCUGGCUCCUUGGCUGCUCCUGUCGUAGUGAGCUUGUGCCACCCCCCUAGGGUGGGGGGACAUGGCCCUGGCUGCCAGAUGCCCACAGCACCCUGGCAUGACCUGCCAUUUCCGCUCCAACACUGGAGCCAGCUACCUCUCCUGUGCCUGCCACUCAAUAAACAGAGUCUGUGCCC